AUGACGACAGCCAUAUCUAUAAAUACUGACGAGUUGUUGAAGAGGAAAAUUGGUGCACUCACAAACGACGAACUUUUACAAGGAGGUCCAAAUCACAAGAUACUUAGGCGCACUCCAAGUGAGCAACUGUCUGAUAUUUCUUUAUCCGAGGAACAUACAUUCCCUUUUGAAGAAGAUUCCGAAGACGACGAGGAAGACAUGAAUGAUACCGGUGACACGAGUGCUGACAGAAACGGUGAGAACGACGACAACGAUUCAAAGCCUAAUCAACCAACCAAAGACAACCUUCCGCAACAAUCGGCACCAACACAGAGAAAAAAACCAGGUCGAAAACCUAAUCCUGCUUCUCCCGCUCUACGUAAAGAACAAAACAGAGCCGCUCAAAGAGCAUUUAGAGAAAGAAAGGAACGUCACCUAAAAGACCUUGAGAAUACAAUUCAAUCUUUAAGGGUCAUUCAAACUGAGACGGCCAACAAAUUUCAGCGCGAGCGUGAACACCUACGUUCAUUGAUCGAGCGAGUUGAGGUCGAAAACUAUUAUCUGAAAUAUAUUGCACUUAAUUUUGAGUGUGCCUUGAAUUCCAUAUAUGGUAACUGCGAGGCCACGACAAAAAUCAAGAAUUCUGUACUAUCAAGUAUUCCUCGUUUUUCUCUUUCCAACUCUCUGUUAGCUGCUGGUGAUAUUGGAAAUUUCGAUUCAUUUGACAUGGUUCCUUCCACGAUCACCGCUGAAACCCCCAUUGGAUUGAACGAAUCACAAACUGUUGUAAAUCAACAACAAUUGCAACUACAAGUUCCUACCUUGAAUGUGAGUGGUGUUGGUGAUUCCGCCGCAUCUUUCAUCCUACCUUCACCGGCUAAUAGUUCAGUCGUGCUGUCGCCAAAGUCCGCGAACGUGUCAUCUCCCACGAGUGCCAUCAGUUCGCCGCCCACUCCUGACUUGGUUCAAUCUGAUUCGAUAUCAGUUAAUGGACCUUAUUUGACGACCAAUAUGAAAUCAUUUACCGGCAUCAGCACAAACUCCAAUACUCCAAGCGCAAACGCGAUCUAUCAAAAAUUGAGCGAUCAAUUAUUGAAGUCGCUUAUGCAAAAUGAGAUUUCCUCACAGUUGGAAAAUUCCUCAGCCAUCGUUUCCACCAAUGAUAAUAGUAACGAUGCAUUUAUUUCCGUAUCUCCGCUCAUUCAGGAUCCCAGUAAUCUUCUCGAUUCAAGCUCGAAUACCUUUAACACCGCAUUCAUUCUGUCUGGAGAUGCUGAAUCUUUGAAGGGUUCCUACCCCAACCUUGACAUCAUACAGGCCACCAGAGAAGUGAGUCAGCUGAUAAGAUUGGCUAAACUCGUUGGAUGCACGGACCUGUCUGUUCCGGUAAAACCAAAGCUUAAGCGUCCGAUGACUCAACAACAAGCGAACUUCUUGAAUUAUCCGCAUGAUCAACGUAUAGACUUGAUUCCCUGUUAUCACCUACGUUCUCGUAUGAUUCAAUAUCAAGGUCAAUACGACCUAUACGAAUUGUGUGAAUUGUUGAUCGAGAAAGCAAAAUGUCAUGGCGAUCCUAUGGAUCCCGAUUCGUGGGAAUGUCCAAAGGAAUUCUUCGAUAAGUAUCCAUACCUGGUAUUUCAGCAUUGUCGUCUGAAGUCCGACUUUUAUCAACAAUUUGGAAAAUUGCCGCCAAACUUUGAAAACAUAUAUCAAGAAAUCUGUAGGGAGAAAGUAUGUAUAUUCACCAUAAACACCUAUUAUCAUCAUCCACAAAUACGUACUAAUCCAUUUUCAUAUCCUCCAGGCUUGUAUUUAGGUAGUCGAUAUUAA